AUGAUAAACUUAUUAAUUUAGAUAUAAGCAACGGUACCGAAUUGGAAUUUCUUGAUUGUUCUAAUAGUAAAUUAACUAGUCUUGACAUAAGCAACUGCGAAUUUUUGUUGAAAGAAUAUGAACAAAAUAGUAAUAAGUCUAAAAUGUUUAAAUAUCCUUCUGAUUUGAAAAUUAUUCAGAAAAGAAUAACCAAGAAUUUAAUAAUAAUUGGUCGCACUGGUAGUGGUAAAUCCACAUUAUCUAAUGUAUUAACCAGAUCCGAAGAUUUUGAGGAAAGUGAUUGUUCAAAUAGCGUUACUUUGGAUUUCCAGAAAAAAGGAUUUGAAUGGAAUGGGAAGAGUUUUAAUGUGAUUGAUAAUGUCGGAUUUUAUAAUACUCAUCUAUCCGUGAAUGAAGUUUGGCAUAAAAUAGCGAGAAGUUUCUGCUCUACUAUGCCAGAAGGAAUAAGUCAAAUUUUACUUGUGGUCGAUGAUAGUAGAUUCUCAGCAGCAGAAGUAGAAAAGAUAUUUGGUUUACUUAAUUCCAUUUUUGAGAAUGAUAUUCUUGAUUAUGUUACUAUUGUGAGAACUAAGUUCAAUAACUUUAAGAGUAAAAAAGAGUGUGAUGCAGACAAGAAAUUACGUAAUGAGAUAAUUAAUCCACGUAGAAAUAUCGUUUAUGUAAAUAAUCCUCCGACAAAUAUUCAAAUUAUCGACGAAGAAGAUGAGGAAGUUGUUAUAAUUAAUAAAAAAAUAAGAGAAAGGUCAAGAAAAAUAAUAUUAGACUAUUUAUACAAAACAUGUCAGGAUAAUUACUUUAAAUUAAAACCGUUGGAUCAGUAUGUGAGUCGAUUGCCAAAUAAUCAGUAAGUUCAUUUAUUAUGAAGCAUUUUUGAAUUUAGGAGAUACAAAUCGGCUUAACUUUAUAGUAGAAUAUUAUUAGUAAGAAAUUAAAUAAAAUGGGUUUUAGAUCAUAUUAUUAUGGUGUACUUUUAUACCUAUACUUGGCAAAUCCUUUAAAAAGCUCUUUUCAAUAUAUCGUAAUUUUUCGAUUUCCUAGUAGAUUUUGUUUGGGUACUUUCUAUAUUCAUAUUCAAAAAGGGUA